AUGGAAGGGCUAUUGGCCGAACAAAAGGUGACGCUCAAAUCAAUCACUCGCUCAUUGGAGAAUUUUAAAAAAAUCGGAAAAGACAAUCUCACGUACGGAAUCGUGCGAUCCCGCCUGCAAAAAUUGAAGGAUGAUUAUGCUCGAUACGAGCAUACACAUGCCAAGGUACUCGCUCUCGCAACCGAGGACUUCGUCGCCACCCACAAAUAUUUCACCGAGGACCGAUUCUCCGCUUGUGAAGCAGCAUAUUAUACCGCCUCUGAUUACAUGGCCGAAUGGGAAGCGCAGCUGGAACCCCAAGCGACAUCCACUCCCGAGCCGUCAUCCAUCGUAAGCCAUCGUCAAAACGUCUUCACAUCCCGGUCAGCGUUUCAACUUCCGCGUAUAAGCUUGCCGAGAUUUUCCGGCGAAUUUAGCGAUUGGGAAUCGUUUCGCGAUCAAUUCAAAGCGUUGAUAAUCGAGAACAGUGAUCUCGUAGAUGUAAAUCGCCUGCAAUAUUUACAUUCCUGCGUGAAGGGCGACGCGUUCGAUAUCGUGCGAAAUCUCGCGUUAGUCGAUUCGAAUUUCAAGGUCGCCUGGGACUUAUUAAUAGCACGCUACGAUAACAAAAGACGCUUGGUGCACGAGCAUAUUCACGAGUUGACAUCACUCACGCCGAUUAAUUCCGAAUCCGCGUCCGCGCUUUCCGCGUUAAGAGAUAAAGCGAACGUGGCAAUUAAAGCGUUAAAACAUCUCGGGCGGGCGGUGGACCAAUGGGACGAUAUUCUUGUAUAUUUGAUCGUGCAAAAAUUCGAUAAGGCCACUCGAAAAGCGUGGGAAUUGCAGCUCGGAGAUACAACCGAAUAUCCCACGUUUGAUAGUCUCGAACAGUUUUUAACCUCGCGUAUCCGCGCUUUUGAGAAUAUUCUGCCGUUCAAUAAGGGCAAGACUUCGAAUCAGCUGUCGGUGCAAAGCCAUGUAACAAAUACAAGUGCAAUAAAAUGUCCUGUUUGUCAGAAACCGCAUCUAUUAUUUGCGUGUCCGGAAUUUCGAAAUAAACCCGCAAGCGAACGUCGAGAAAUAGCUCAAAGGGUUCGGUGCUGUUACAAUUGUCUGAGUACCAAGCAUAAUCGGAAAAAUUGCCAAAGCAAACAUACGUGUCAACAGUGUCAACAGAAGCAUCAUACUCUUCUCCACGAAGUCGACACGAGUAAAGUUAAUGAAGCACGCUCUCCGACUGCGAGCACCUCGACGGCGGAUGAACCCGUCUCGAUUAAUACGCACGUUGUUUCACGCGUUAACUUUUCAAAAACUGGCAUUCUACUCGCGACAGCUUGGGUCGCGGUUCAUAGCGCUACCGGUACCCGGGACGUCGUACGCGCAUUAUUGGAUCAGGGCUCGGUCACAACUCUCAUUUCAGAACGAUUAGCUCAACGCUUGCGACUUAAGCGAUCUCGUGUUUCAGUCUCGAUAACAGGCAUCGGAUGCGCGGCGUCCGUUGCCAAACAAGCAGCACGGAUUGACAUCUCCCCCCGCGACAUGUCAGGUCCUGUGUUGUCCCGCGUGGAAUCUCUCGCCGAGUUGGAAUAUCUGCGCUCUCUCAAUCUAGCCGACAGCGAUCCAACAAGCUCGGAGCCCAUCGAUAUCAUUAUUGGAGCUGACCUUUACGGAUCAGUUCUGAGAUCAGGCAUUCGAUCGCGAUCUUCACAAGAACCCGUAGCGCAAAACUCCAUUUUCGGGUGGAUUCUCUCCGGACCUAUGUUCACGGAACUAGAGUCCGCCUCCCAUCAGUUAUCGACGCAUCACUGCACAGUGCAUGCGGACCUCGAUAUGCAGUUGAAGCGCUUUUGGGAGAUUGAAGAACUCCCUCGUUCGCGUCACAUAUCUCCGGAGGAAAAGCGGUGCGAAGAACAUUUCGCGUCGACUCAUUCUCGCUCUCCGACCGGGAGAUACAUAGUCAGGCUCCCAUUCAAAACGCCUCCUCCAUUGAGCCUCGGCGAUUCAAGGUCGGCGGCUCUAGCCUUGUAUACUCGAGCCGAAGCUCGUUUGAAAGCGCGGCCUGAACAAGCAACCGAAUACCACGCGUUUUUACAAGAGUAUAAACAAUUAGGACACAUGAUGAAAGUGUCAUCGCCGCGCCACAAUUCUAAUCAAAUAAUUUACAUUCCUCAUCAUGCAGUCAUACGUGAACACAGUGCCACGACCCAUCUGCGUGUCGUGUUCAAUGCCUCCUCGCCUACGUCAAAUGGUUUGUCGCUUAACGAUCAUCUCAUGAUCGGUCCGAAGUUACAAACCGAUUUGCCAUCGAUCCUCACGCGCUGGCGACAGUUUCGCUAUGUCUAUACUGCAGAUAUUGCAAAAAUGUAUAGGCAAAUUUUAGUUGAUCAACGCGACACCGACUAUCAACGGAUUCUUUGGCGAUCCGAUGUCGACGCUCCGAUAGAAGACUAUCAAUUGCAAACCGUGACUUACGGUACAGCAAGCGCACCUUACUUGGCCAUCCGAGUUUUAAACCAACUCGCUCUCGAUGACGGCCAUGACUUUCCCGCCGCAGUACCAGUCCUUCAACAGCAUACUUAUGUUGAUGAUUGUGUUUUCGGCGCAGACGAUAUCCCGCUCGCUCGUAAGACAAAGGAUCAGCUUGUAUCCUUACUCAAUAGAGCAGGCUUUCAACUUCGCAAGUGGGCAAGCAACAAUCAGUCGUUGCUUGCUGAUAUCGAUCCUCAUGAUCAUGGUCUGGCGCAAGCCAAGACCCUGCAAACGGACGAUUCUCUAAAGGUCUUGGGUCUCAAAUGGAACCCAUACGUUGACGCGUUUCAGUUUGAAAUAUCGCUGUCGACCGAGGUUCCUGCAACAAAACGCGCCGUUUUAGCGACCAUCGCUACCAUCUUUGAUCCACUUGGGUGGUUAACACCCGUCGUAAUAACAGCGAAGAUCUUUAUGCAAAAACUGUGGACGGCGCGAUGUGAGUGGGACGCCGUACUUCCCCAUGAAUUGUUCGCUGCUUGGCGUAGCUACUACGCGCACCUAUCGACUCUGCGCGAGAUUUUAAUUCCGCGAUGGAACGGGUAUGGGUCCGACACGGUUUCAGCGGAAAUUCAUGGAUUCGCAGACGCGUCUACUGCCGCGUAUGGAGCCGUCGUUUAUUUAAAACUGACCAAACGUAACGGAUCAGUCAAAAUCACGUUGAUGAGCGCGAAAUCUAAAGUCGCCCCGCUUAAACCCCUCACGGUUCCGCGGUUGGAAUUAUCCGCGACGGUGUUAUUAGCUCGCCUCAUUGCAUUCGUGCGAACUCUGAUCCAUAUCCCUUCAAUGAUUUGUCACUGUUGGACAGAUUCCACGGUAGUACUAGCAUGGCUCAAGCAAUCUCCCGCUCGAUGGAAAAUUUUCGUGGCCAAUAGGGUCCACGAGGUUCAAAGUCAAGUUCCAGACGCGAUAUGGCACCACGUUCCAUCACCGCAAAACCCUGCCGAUCUCGCUUCACGAGGCGUCCAGCCGGCCGACCUAAAGGAGCAUUUAUUAUGGUGGCAAGGCCCCGCGUGGCUUCAGUUACCCUCGACUCAAUGGCCGGAGGGAAGUGAAUCUGUCACAACAGAGUCGCUUACGGAGGCUCGCGCUCAUGUACAUAUCGCUCAAACCCCCAACGAAUGGGAAUUAAUGACGCGUUUUUCGUCAUGGACAAAAUUAUUGCGAGUGACCGCAUAUAUACGGCGAUUCACGCAACGUCUUCGAUAUCGCCGGUCACAGCCAUUGGCGAGCCCUAACGCUCCGGUGAACAUCACCAAACUAUCGCUGUCGCUAGCACCGGAUGAGAUUGAUUCCGCGCGAAAAUUUUGGUUGAAGUCCAUUCAACAACAACUGUUCUCGACAGAGCUGUUACGUUUAAAGGACGGUAAGUCCGUGCAAAAGGGCAGCAAACUAGACGAUUUAAUUCGAGUCGGAGGCCGACUCCGUCAUUCCGAACUCGCCGAAAAAACGAAACAUCCAAUUGUACUCGCAUCGCAUUCAUUAGUCUCGUCUCUUAUACGUCACAUUCAUCUACAAGCUCUGCACGCCGGAUCGCGCUUGACGUUGUCAAUUCUUCGCGAAGACUUCUGGUUAAUCCGCGCUCGGCAAACCAUACGGUCAGUUCUUUACCAUUGCAUCGCCUGCACUCGUGAAAACGCAAAAAUCAUUCCCGAGUUGAUGGGCGAUCUUCCGGAUUAUCGAGUUCGCCCUGUUGCUCGCGGGUUUUCUCACUGCGGAAUCGAUUAUGCCGGACCAAUUAAAGUGCGAACGACACCGGGACGGGGACACAAGUCGCAAAAGGCAUAUAUCGCCAUAUUUAUCUGCAUGACUGUUAAAGCGACUCAUCUGGAACUAGUAGGUGAUUUGUCAACGCCGUCUUUCUUGGCUGCUUUCGAUCGGUUCUGUGCUCGUCGAGGUGUUCCAACCGCGAUGUAUUCGGACAACGCAACUAAUUUUCAGGGAGCUCAACGCGAACUAGCUACUGCUUGGCAUACGGCUACUCACGAUUCGAAUAUUUUAAACAACCUCGCGGAGAAAGGCAUCAGUUGGAGAUUCAUUCCUCCGUCCUCUCCACAUUUCGGUGGAUUAUGGGAGGCCUGCGUUCGGAGCGUUAAGUUUCAUCUAAAGCGCGUCAUCGGUGCUCACACGCUCACAAUCGAAGAGAUGAGCACCUUAUUAUGUAAAGUCGAAGCGUGUCUAAAUUCGCGGCCUCUCGGGCAGAUGUCGGAUAAUUACGAUGAUUAUCACGCUCUUACUCCGAGCCACUUUCUCAUUGGAUCCUCGAUGCUAACGAUGCCAGAAACGUCUCUACUCGACGAAAAGGAAACGCGUCUUACCCGAUGGCAGCUCAUUCGUCAAAUGCGCGAUAGUUUAUGGAAGCAAUGGUCACAGGACUAUCUGCACACGUUGCAACAACGGCCUAAGUGGCGUGAAAGGCAGAGUUUAGCCCGGGUAGGGCGCUUAGUACUAUUGCGAAAUCCGCUAGCGCCUCCCUGCGCUUGGGAACUUGGGAGGAUCGUGGAAUGCCAUCCGGGAGACGAUGGCUUAGUCCGGGUCGUUACUGUCAAGACAGCCCGCUCAAAGUACAAGCGAGCCGUCACAAAAUUAUGUUUUCUACCGAUUGACGUGAAUCUAACCCAUGACGCUGCGGAUGACAUUCCACGAGCCAUCUCUGCUGAUACGUCUAAAAAUUAA